AUGGAAAAGGAGAAGAGACUCAUCGCUUCAACAAUGUUGUGGUCAUGGUGUGCUUCAGCUGCUCAAUGGAAGGGAUUAAAGAGUAGUGGAAUGAAGGAGAGAAAGCCGAUAGACUCUGAGAGAAAGAAAGAGCGAGUGAGAGUGGGAGAGAAUUACCUGGAUGUUUGCCGUGGAUUUCUCUGGGGAAUAACUGGAAAUAGAAGCAAGAUGCAUAUUGCUUCUUGGCAGAAGAACUACAAGUUGAAGCCUGAUUGCAGCUGGUAUUGGAGGAAGCUUUGUCAUAUGAGGGGAAAAUUUUGCUUAGCUGAGGUGAAUAUUGCUGGUAUAACAGGGAGGUUUAAGGCUUCUAAACUCUAUAACAAUACCUUAAGGCAACAGCUGGUGGGAUAUCAUCAAGCUGUUUGGUGUAAGCUUUCUAUCCCUAAGCAUCGUUUCUUACUUUGGCAAGUGGUUAACUCUCAGCUUCUCACUAGAGACAACAUGCUCAGGUUUUGUAUCACUAUUGAUUGUCUGUUAUGUCAUGUUUGUGGUUCCCAUAAUGAGAGUCACACUCAACUUUUCUUUGAGUGCUGUCUUUCUAAGAAUAUAAUUGAUUUAAUCUUUGCUUGGAUGGGGUUUAGAGCUUGGCCUGGUGAGUUUACUGGCUGGACAGUUUGGAUUGCUAGUAGAAGAUCUGGAAUCAUCUCCUCUAUUACCAAUAUGAUUUUGGCUGCUGUUAUAUAUUAUAUUUGGAGGAACCGAAACAUGUCUUUUUGA